AAAAGGCGCGAGUCAACCGGGCCAAGGAUCACAUUCGCGUAUAGAAACACUGAAAAGUCCCUCGACAAACUCAGAGAUUACGUUCUUUUGACUGUAUAAGGAUAUAUAUUACGUCGAUGUGCCUUUGUAACGGAGUGAACUGCAAGGGAACGGACUGCAAGCGGACUAAAGAAGCGGCCGAAAACGCUCGCACCACCAAGAAACUACAACCACAUAGUGACUCGAGAAUGGAUCACGCCGCCACUUCGACUGUACCACGUGACGACGCGCUAACGUCCCCAGUUCCGCUUGACAACAGCAAUCAUGUCCCCUGUGGUACGGACAUAGACCAACAGAUCCACUCUCUACAGAUCAGGUUAAAGGGUACAGAAACACUGAGCAUACUGUUGUCAGAAGCUCGGGAACAGAUCGCACAACUGUCCGCCGGGCUGAGGGAGCGAGAGAGCACGAUAGCCUUGCUACAGAACAGACUGGCCCAGAACGGGCUGAGUACGAGUCUAAGCCUCGGCUCCACUGAACUGGUCAUACCGGGAGCUUCACGGGAACUUGUCCAAGGACUGAUUCGGGAAAACGCCAGGCUAAAACAAUCACUCAAGGUUGCACCAAUGGAUGAAGAACUCAGACGGAGAUUUGCUGAGCAACAAAACAGCAUCAAGAUCCUAGAAGAUGAAUUGACUGAGAGAAGAGAGUCGCUUAAGAAGCUGGAAGACGCUAUGUCUUCCUCAGAAGACGACAAGGACAAGCUGAUAGCCUCGCUACGGGCCAGGCUUCAGGAACUGGAGAAAAACAGCCAGACGCAGGACGUUCUGUGUAAGAGUCUGACGGAAGAGUCCGAGACUCUGAGAACAAGACUACAGGCGACCGCGGAAAUGUGCAACGAGCUUGCGAAGAAGUUAGAAGCCGAGAAAAACUGCAGAAAGAACGGAGACCCAAGCGAAGUCUUGGAGAAAGAGAUGAGACAGAUGUCUGUCAGCGAAGACAAUAGAUACAAACAGGAAAGGCGAAGAGCGCAAGAAGAAAUUCACAGACUGCAGAGUCAGGUCAAAGAGCUUGUUGAUAUGAACACCAGGUGGCAGAUCUACAACGACCAAAGAGAGCAGUACGUCCAACAGCUGAGAGAGAAGCAGCUGCAGCUGGAGAGCCGCCCCACACCCUCGGCACCUGCACAGUCAGGGCUGACGGAAGAACAACAGCGCAGAAUAGACCAAACCAUCCUCAACGCCAAGAGGGAGACAGAGAAGACAAAAGAGGAGGCCAUGCGGUUACAUGACGACCUGACCGUGGCCAGGAACAUCGCCUUUGAACUGCAGGCACAGGUGGAGCAGCUGCAAAUGGAGAAGGACCACUCCAGGCGGGAAAUAGGGGAACUGCGCCGCCAGGGGGCGUGCGUGCCAGGCGAUGCCGAGGAAACCAUACAGAUGCUUCAGCAACAGGUCCAGAUAUGCACAGAGGACUUCCAAGCUGAGCGGCAGGACCGCGAGGCUCUGCAGACGAGACUGGAGGAGCUGCUUACCGCCCAGGAGCGGGACCAGCAGGUGAUAACCAUGCUGAGGGAACAGGUCCGGCAGCUGCAGGCCACCGGCCACCGAGCUCCCUUCCCGCGCCCCUGUCAGACCGAGUACCGCCGUAACCAACCCGUGGAACAGUCGAUGUUGAUUGCACGGAGAGGAGGACACACCUACAAUCACCAUGGUUACGACAUGAUUGACGGUAUGCAGGAUGACGACGACCUUACAACAGAUGGCGUCGGUAGUGAUGAGGACAGUGCCGGAAGGAAGGACCACAUGUUGUACUGUCCCAGGUGCAAGAGGGAAUACAGCAAGGACAAACAUGAUAAACUACUAGAACAUAUAGAUGUCUGUUGUAGCUAACUCCUUACGUUGUGGUUGAUGACAUCUCAAUAAGAAAAUGAAGUCGUAAAAUGUGUCUGUAGAACUGUUGUAAAAUUUGAUAUGUGGUUUCUAUAGUGUGUGCCUGUCGGACUUUGUAGGAAAUUGUUGACGAAGCAAGAUUGCCGUCAAUGAAAGUUAGGGAACCGUUAGUUGGUUAAAGACUACAGUAAAAUGAAAUUACUAAAUGUCGUGAAAAUAUUCAACGUCGACAGAAAUCAGAAUGUAACUUAAGGACUAUUUAUCGUAUCAACUCACAAAUGGGAAUUGAUACAAAGAUAGACGAAUGGAAAACUCUGUAAUGAUAAACAUUUUUUUUGCGAAACAUCAAACGUUACCUUAAAAAUUAUUUGUGUAUGUGUAGCGACCUGAACAAAGUAAAGCCAACCGUGGUACAUACUAUUACGUUCCAACUUUUGUAUUGAUAAGUAGCUUAAACAAAAGACUGUACAUAUUUUUUUACAUCUUAGAACAUAACUUCUCUAUUAUGUAUUAGGUCUACCGAUGUCUUUCCAUUUGUGUUCAUGACUAUUAAAAUAUAGCUCAUAUUUUGUCAUGUAUUUAAAUGUGUUGCGCAAUCAAUAGUUCUCUUACGCACAAGUGGAUGCAAUGUGAAAAUUUGAAAUAAAUGUUACUUUUCUACUGUUCAGAUGAAA